CGUAAGCAGCUCCCAGCAGUGCAGGGAAUGGCCCCCUUCUUAGAUUCCCAGCAACCUCCCAACAUUUGCAUAGUCUGCCCUAGAACUGCCCCUUGCUAGAGAGCCAACAGCUGGCUCUCCCGCCAUAGUGAAGAAGCCAUUUCUUCCUGUGCUUCUCAAGUUCCACCAGCCAACUCCUCCUUCAUUUUUUGCAGGCUUCUUUCUUCCCUUCCCUCAGUCUUUCUCCCAGUGCUUUGACCAGCACCUCCUUCACUUUCUACCUCUUUCAGAUCCCUCCUCUUGCUCCCCUCGGUCCCUCUGGUUCUUUGGCCAUGUCCCCUUCCUCCUCUACCCACUCUUUUAGGCAUCCCUCCUUCCCACUCCAAGUCUCCUGCUGGCUCCUCUGGCUGGCCUUGCCUUCUUACUCCUCCUGGACCCUUCUGGGUAUCUUACUUCCCUUGGUGUUCCUGCUGGUUCUCUGACUGGCCUUGCUUUUGCCCUGUACCCACAUUCAUUUGGGGUUCUUUCCUUUCUCGCUUGAUGUUCUUGUGGGUUUUCUCACUGGCUCCUUCUUCCCUUUUCUCCCCAAAUUCAUUCAGUUUUCUCUCCUUGCCAUUCUUGGUCUUUGACUUGAUUCUCCUAACCGGUUCCUCCAUCUUCCUACACCUGAACUCGUUCAAGCUCCUCUCUUGGCCACCCCUGGUCUUUCACUGGGUCUCUGACUGACUCUGCCUUCCUUCUCUCUCUCUGAACUCAUUCAGCUCUCUUGCCUUUCCCCUCUCGGUCCCUGGCUGGAUCUCCUGACCUUCCUAUGCUACCCACAUGUUUUUGGACUCUGUUCCUCUUUGCCUCCCACCCCACUGCCAGUUCUUGGACCAAACCUUUUUGCCUAGGCCUUCCUGAUUCUCCUCAGAUUUUUCCUGAUUCUAGACCUUCCUGAUUCUCUGUGUAUUGGAUUCUUCCACUGCACAGACCACACUGUAUUGCUUCCCUUCUUCAUCCACCCCCCUCCAUUAUUAAGCACACACCACUUAUAGCAGAAAUACCUCAUUAUUUACACAGUACCUCAUUAUUUGCACAAAUUCCAUUCUCGCAGAUUACCGUGGGUAAUGAAACUGCAGAUAUUGAGUUAAUGGAGUUCAGUUCCCAAACUCAAAAACCCCUCACAAAAAUCGCCAUCCAAAAUGCAAAAACGGGCCAAAUAAAGUGCCCCACUGUGGUCUGCAGGCCUUCAGGAGUCCAUAGAUGCCCCCUGCAAGUCCCAAACCCAUAGAAAUUAGGUUGAAAAUCACUGUUUUUGUUUUGUGUUUUGUUUAUUUUACAAAUGAGACAUAAAAUGGAUCCUGUGCUCAAAAUGGCAGCAAGAAAUGACCUCCCAAGUUUAUUUCUAGGCACCUGCGAAUAUGCAGAAUUAUUAUUUUUGUCUCCCCCCCCCCGGCAUAUGCCAAUGUGGGGUGUCCAUUACCCAACCACAAAUAUGUAAAGCCAUGGAUGGUGUGUCCGCAGAUAGUGAAAUAAGCUUGUGAAGCAAUUAGUCCAAUUAUGAUCAUAAUUUUUAAAAAAUCUGAAUUGUACAAGCCAAACCAACAAUAUUGCAUAGAUUGUAAAACGAUUCCUAAAAUGUGUUGUGUUCAGAUAAAUUUAGGGUGCCAUUGCAGGUUGAAAACUGUUGAUUAUUUUUUAAUCAUAAUUUUUAGCAGCUUAAAAAAAAUCCCUGUUAUUUCUAGAUCUUUGAGCACUUGCCAGCCCUCACCUAAGAUAAGAACUAAUGGCUAUUGCUUUGCCAUGAUAGAAGAUGAGGACUCUGGAGGACAGACUCUCACCACAGGCUGUCUAGCAUUAGAGGGUUCUGACUUCCAAUGCCGGGACACUCCAGUGUCCCAUCCAAGAAGAUUAAUUGAAUGCUGCACAGAUCAAGAUUUCUGUAACAAAGAUCUCCACCCUACGCUGCCACCACUGAAAGACAGAGAUUUUGCAGAAGGAAAUCUUCACCACAAAGCUUUACUGAUUUCAGUGACUGUCUGUAGCAUACUUCUGGUGCUGAUCAUCAUAUUCUGCUACUUCAGGUAUAAAAGGCAAGAAAGCAGACCUCAUUACAGCAUCGGGCUAGAACAAGACGAGACUUACAUCCCACCUGGAGAAUCCUUGAAAGACCUCAUUGAACAGUCUCAGAGCUCAGGAAGUGGUUCUGGGCUCCCUCUGCUGGUACAAAGGACUAUAGCAAAGCAGAUCCAGAUGGUGAAGCAGAUUGGUAAAGGUCGCUAUGGAGAGGUCUGGAUGGGGAAGUGGCGAGGAGAAAAGGUGGCUGUCAAAGUUUUCUUCACCACAGAGGAAGCUAGUUGGUUCCGAGAGACAGAAAUCUAUCAGACUGUCCUGAUGAGGCAUGAAAACAUUUUGGGGUUUAUUGCUGCAGAUAUUAAAGGCACAGGGUCUUGGACUCAGCUCUAUCUUAUCACAGACUACCAUGAGAAUGGAUCCCUGUAUGACUACCUGAAAUCCACCACCUUAGAUACAAAAGCCAUGCUAAAGCUGGCAUAUUCAUCAGUCAGUGGACUGUGUCACUUGCACACCGAGAUCUUCAGCACUCAAGGCAAACCAGCUAUUGCUCACCGAGACCUCAAAAGUAAAAACAUCCUGGUGAAAAAAAAUGGAACCUGUUGUAUAGCAGACCUUGGUCUAGCAGUUAAGUUUAUCAGCGAUACAAAUGAAGUGGACAUACCACCAAACACUAGAGUUGGAACGAAGCGGUACAUGCCUCCCGAAGUCUUGGAUGAAAGCCUAAAUCGGAAUCACUUCCAGUCAUAUAUCAUGGCUGAUAUGUACAGUUUCGGACUCAUCCUUUGGGAAAUAGCAAGGAGAUGUGUUUCAGGAGGAAUAGUAGAAGAAUACCAGCUUCCCUACCAUGACCUCGUGCCUAGUGACCCAUCGUAUGAAGACAUGAGAGAAAUAGUCUGUAUCAAGAAAUUACGACCAUCAUUCCCCAACAGAUGGAGUAGUGAUGAGUGCCUAAGACAAAUGGGUAAACUCAUGACAGAAUGCUGGGCACACAACCCUGCUUCUCGGCUCACAGCCCUGCGAGUAAAGAAAACACUUGCCAAAAUGUCAGAGUCACAGGACAUUAAGCUCUGAUUCAGCUGACAAAAGGCACCUCUUUGCUAAAGCUUGGGAGGAACAGAAGACUUUCUUUCAUGUUUCAAAGAGACGGGAAGAGGAAUUACAAGCCUUAACUAAUAUAUACCUUGAACACAAUCCUUCAGCAUGUUGGCGCAAAAUCCUUUCCAGGGGAAAGAAAUUCAAUCAAGAGACUUCAGUUACUAUACUAAAGUUGAGUUUGGCUUCUUUUGGGAAACACGGUAUCCAUAACUGUGUCACGUUCCUGCAUGCUGCUUUCUAUGAAAGCCCAUAAUAAUAAUAAUAAUAUUGUUAUUAUUUGGAUUGUUUAAAUUUCAUGAAAGUGAACCUUUGAAAUAUCAAGUACAAGAAAAGAAUUAUAUUGUUACUCUAAAGGAAACCACAUCUGAAGUCUAAACCAAAUUGGCUAUGAUCUCCCAUUGAUGAUAAAGACUGUUGCACUCCAGGACAACCAAGCCCUCCAUCGUUUUGUGAAAUGGAAGUACUAUGGAAGCCAUCUUAUAACUGACCUGCAAUGUGCACCUGAGUUUUGACGUCCCACGUAAGCAGUUGUGUACCUUUUAGAAAGACCAUGUGCCUGAAAUCACCUGAAUUGCUGCCAAUCAGUGCUAUGUCCAUAGAAGUCAGAAUCCUCGAGCAGUGCCUCUUGCAUAAGACCUGUUGAAUGGAUGGCUAUACUUUUGCAUGGCUUAGAUGCAUUUCUGUGCAAUGUGUGAAGAGGAUAUGCCUGGUGUGUUGUGGCCAGAGCAUGCUGUUUCUCACCUGGUCGCAAACGUGAGAAGGCAAAGGGAGUUUUGUAUUUAGAACUGUUGAUUUAAAGCUGUUCUCAUUCCCCACCUCCCUUCACUUUUCUGGUCCCUUAGGGAGAUAUCUUUGAUAGGAUCUUAGGACCACCUGGUUUUCUGGCAUUUUACAGUCAAAACAAUAUUUUGAUAUGAAUGUGAAUUAAAUAAGGUUUGGUAAGAUAAGUAACCGAGUAUUCUUACUGGCCUUUUCAUUUACAGUAAAAUCACUGAUAUAUGAAACUGCUCCAAGGCAGUAAAAAAUCCUUUGCCUUUAGAUAAUUGAGUUAGAAAGUGAAGUGUUCAGAAAAGAGUUUUGUUUAAUGUGCGUCUAAAAUUGAGAAGGUUAUAAUCACAAGGCAAGAAAAACCUGUAGUUUUUUCCCCUUUUUUUUAAACUCAUGAAGUAAGUAUCCUUUUGAAAAAGAGGUCUCCUUUAUUUUUCAGGAUGUUUGUUCAAUAUAGACUUCUUUCUUCCUAUUUUAUUUUACAGACAAAGUAUAAAGACGUAUGAAAUAUCUGAAGGGAGUUAAAAGUACUGGGUUAUUUGGCCAGAUGCUUCAUUCUGGCCUUGUCCAAAUUCCCACUGGAGCCCAAGAGAGAGAGCCGAAAGAGGUCUUUUUUUCUUGGUAUUAUUUCUCUCUCUCUCUCCCCACCACCAGUGAGGUGUUGGAUUGUCAUUCUUUCCUCUGUAAUCCUGACCCCAAACCCCACCAUAUCUUUAAGUUGAUAUUUUGGGCUACAAUCCAGAGCUCUGCCAAGUUGCAUCUGCACAUGUACCAGAAACCUUUUGCAACAGCUUAAAAAGCCACUUUUGGGAACUGGCUGACUCUCUAGAGUGGGUUUCAGUUUAGGCCUGUUCUGUUAACCUGUGCAGCAAUGAGGUGUAGAAUGCUGAGAUGGUAGAGUAGAAUGGACUAAAUCAGACAGCAGGCAAGAUGCCACAUUUCUGAACACUCCCCUUCACCAAAGCAGGUAAAAGAUGGGCUUAAUUCUUUAUGCCUUAACUAGUAAUUUUCUACUGGCUGCUGUUUUUGUAUACAAAACAUUCAAAGUGAUGCCUUCCACCCAUAGUCUGUGUUCCACAAUCCCUGCACUCUGCCACUGCCUUCUCUUGCACUUUUGUUUACAGCUUUAUUACAGUUAUAUACUGCCUUUCAUCCAAAGGCCCCAAGGAGGUUUAUAGGUGUCAUAAAACACCAUUCAAAUAUAGAAUAUGGUGACUGAUAUGAUGAUCUGGUGGUAGAGCUCCCAGCAAUACCGUUUUCCCCCCAUUUGGAGCAAUGGGAAUAAAUACAGUCAUGCUGGUAGCACUGCCACCAGUUAUCUACAGUCGUUUUGCUGCUUCCAGGUCUGCAGCAAUGGCGCCACAAGUUCUAAUGGGGAUAUUUGAACUGUGCAUCACGUUGGCCAAGCCGUAACUGGUAGUGACUUUUCACCUUGUUUUAAUUUCCUUCUCCUCCAGCUUAGAGCCAGUUUUUGGCCACUGUGAAGAGAAUGAGUUCGUUCAACUUGAAAGGUAGCAAUGGGUAGAGGUGGCCAUGAUGACAUUUGCCUUGUCUUUUCAUUCUUCUAGACCUAGGCAUGCUGUAAGCAAAACCAAAGGAAGUUCCAUGUGUGUGGUAGUGGAAGGUCUUUAGGUAGGCAGGCAGGCAGGCAUGCCCUAUGAGUUUUCAUCUUACUUUGGGAUCUUCUUUAAGGUUAUUCAUCAUGCUUUCUCCUGAACUUGUGCUUUGUCAGAUAAGAACUCCCAGAUUUUUUUUUUAAAGCAACCACACUUAAAAAUAAUAGAACUAAUGUAUGGAGUAGAUUUUUUAAAAAUAAUUGUUAUCAGCAUAAUUGACAAAAAUACACCCUUUAGUGAAUCUGCACCCCCCCACCCGCAAGAAGUAUUUCUGAACUGCAAAUACACAGCUAACCUUGAUAUGGAAUUUUCAAACAAAUAUGUCUAUAGAAUUUUGAGCAUGGGUUUAACUGGUACUAAACACUUGAGUAGUGUUAUUGAGUGCUUUUGCAGAUCACAUGGAAGAAGUUCAUAUAGAUUUCAGGAAAUGAGCUUUAUUUAACAUAUCUCGAAGGGCCAUUUGUAAUGGCUUUUAUGCCUCUAGGGGGCACUGUGCAGCUUUGGAUUCUCAGAGCAGAGGCAUCAGUAGCUUGCUAAGAGUCUUAAAAGCAAAGGCUCCAUUGAAAUGGGCUGAAUUCUGCAGGUAUAACUAUACUCUGGAAGAUUAGUGUAUGUAAAAAAAUAUAUUGAGGAAACAACAAAUCAUGUUAAAUACUUUUAGGGCAAAAUGUUCAUAGUUUGAAGUUGUUUCAGACUCUGAACUUCAGAAAGGAAUAUUUACCUACAGAUUGAUGGAGCAAUACAUACGCUUUUAGACAUAAAAGUCUAGCAGGGGUGUCCAGGUAAUAUUAAGACAUUUCUGCAGUAGAUCCCUCAAGCAGUAGCAUCUGGGGGACCAUCUGUAUAGAUUAUUUAUUCAAGAACAGUAACAAAGCAUACAAACCAAAAUAAGCUUACUACUGCAUUUAGUUACACAUGAGGGACUUUCAUUGAUUUGGAGUAAUGUAUUGGCUAUUCUGAGGGCUGUUUGACUUCUGAAGCGAUUAGUUGCUUUUAAUGUGAACCUUUUUGUUCCAAAGCAGAGUCGCUCAUGCACAAUGCCAGCUUCUUCUCAAGUUGUACAUUUCUCCCCUCCUGGGUGCUUUGUGUCUUGACAGCCGACACCAUAAAUCACCCAUAGCAUGACUGGUGAUUAGUGGUUAAGGAUGCAAAGUCUUUAAGAGCUUCUGAUGUGCCUAGGAGUUCAUAAGAUCUCUCCCUUCAAAUACUAGUUUACAAAACAAAAUUCAAGACAUUGCUGAGGUGAAGCAUUGCUGGGGUGAAGCAUUACUUGUUUAAUAAAAAAAUCUCUGAAGGCUAUUGAAAUCUGAAAGCCACAUCCCAUCCAGUGUUGGUGUAAUUCCAGUGCAAUUUUAUCCAAGUCGAUGAAGUUACCGUGAUAUAAAUUGACAGCACUUGUGCAUAGGAUUAUACUGAAAUUAGGAUUAGCUGAUAGGAAUUGAAUGGCAGAUACAAUGGAAAUCAUGGGAAAUGUCAGGAGGUGCUUAAAUAAGUGCAUUUUAUGAAGUAAACUGCUUGUCAUCUCCUUGUGAUCUCCAGCAUAGGACAAAAGAAGCAAAGGGCGCAAGGCUACAUUUUCAUGGCCGUGUGGGGUCCCUCAUACUGUUUAGGCACCUUCCUAGGUUUUGUAGUUUGCCUCACAUUCACGAAAUAUAGAUACCUUCUGGCAGUCAUAACAAUCUUAAAUAUGUUGUCACCUGAGGAGUUCCCAUAAAUCUAAUUCUUGUCUCUAAGGGAAGCUGUCUGUUGGCCUCCACACACUAUAGCCAAAUCUUGGCCAUUAUAAAAUUGAUUCUGUGUUACAGUUGAGUCUCUGCUGAAGCUUGCUUCACUGCUUUUCAGGUUGCUUUUACCAUGCCAGCAGAGCUUCCAGAAAGUGAUAUAAGAAGGGUAAGCUAAACGUGUGGUGAGAAAUUACCUGGUCAUGGAGAACACCAGUCAGUCAGUUGCAUCACCCUCAUUUGAGCUGCAACAUGAAUAGAAACAACCCAUAUUUUACAACUCAAGAAAGUCCUUCUGAGUCUUGACAUCUAGCUUUCACCACUAAAAUAUGUAUUAAUGUUAAAGUAAAAGGCCCUUUUUGUGUAGGGUUGAACCUUACAAUGUAGGGCUGCCUUUUCUUUUGUUUUCAGGUAGACCACCUCAGAUGACAAAAGCAGAUUAUUUUAUGCUUCAAAAAUAAAGCCUUAGAAUUCUGAGUUGCUGAAUUUAUCAAUAAGUUCAAGAGGCAAAGUUGUUUGUUAUAUGGUUCCUGAAAUGAAAGGGAUUUUAAACUGCUAGCUGAUAGGCCGUGUAGUUGUUUAAAUUGUUCGGAAUUUUUUUUUUUUAAUGCAUAUGUGUCUGGGUGAAAUAUAUAUUUUAUUUCAGUUGGAAGGCUGCAACAACUCCAUUAUGUGGAUUAAGUAUAAAAUAGUACAGCUGAUAAAGCACUAAAAGAAACCUAUUUAUUUAUGAAAAAGUGUAGGUUGACUAUUCACAGUGACAGUGUGAUAUGGGGUGGGGGGACCCAAUAAAUAACCAAUUAAAAACCAGUAAAUAACCCUGGGAUAUUAGCCCUGAAAUAACAAGGGUGUAAUAAUAGUGUUUUUGUUUGUUUCAGUUUUGCCCCACAACUCGAAGGGCUAGGGAUUUUUUCCUCACUGUCUGUGCUAGCCCCACUGAAAUAUAAUCAUGCAACACGGUUGUUCAUGAGGACAGAAAACAUCCCUAGCCACUGUUGCAAAUUGUUUGUUUUUAGCAGUAAUAUUUGAUUUACCACAUUAUUACUCCCGCAGAUUGCCAGGCUGUAAUUGUUCUGUUUCAAUGGUGAAUCAAGCUGUCACAUUCAUACAUACAAACCAUUUAAAAUGAUGUCCUUGCUGGUGAUUAUGCUCAGAAUCUAACUGCACUUCAGGCCAUCACAUGUCUGUCAAAGUUAAUAGUUAAAUACAGCUGCUGGUGAAAAACAACUUGGAACUGCAUGUUGAAAACAGCUUUUUAAGUCAAGGUAAAUGUGAGUGAGAUUGUCUGGGUGGCAGAUACAGUGGGAAGGGCAGGGAAAGGUUCAAGAACAAUGAUUUGGCUACUGUUAGGCCUUUGGCUAGCACAGCUAGCAAACUAUUUCUUUUGAAGAAAGGUUGACAGUGUAAUUUUUAAUCAUACUGAUUGGCGUUCUUUUUUGAGAACCAGUGCCUUAUUUAAUCUGUAAAUACUAUAAUUGUAAAAACUAGGGAACAAGCCUAUGUUGUAAUUGUUCAGAAUGGUACAUGUCUGUUUUAACAUUCCCCAAAUAAAAUGUUUUUGGUUCUCCCCUUUAA